AUGCCUGCUUUUGUUGAAUCACCGGAGGCCAAAGCCCAAGAGGCCGGUGAUCUGUCAGGGAUGCCAGCGACGGAGCUUCCUGAGCUUGACAUGAAAACUGAAGACAUCCGUAACGGAGCCAAUGGCCAUACCAAUGGCCAGAGCACAGAUCCUUUCAAGCUCAGCCAAGAGUUUGCGUACACGCCACGCAGAAUCAGAGUCAUCACCAUUGGUGCUGGUUUUUCUGGUCUUCUCAUGGCACACAAGUUCCAACAUCGAUUUCCUGAGAUGGAAGACAUCGUGGAUCAUACCAUCUUCGAAGCUCGAAGCGAUAUUGGUGGUACAUGGUUGGCCAACAACUACCCCGGUGUUCAAUGCGAUGUUCCAGCUCAUAUCUAUGCAUUUCCUUUCGAUCCUAACCCCAACUGGGAGAGAUUCUACGCCAGUGGAGGCGAUAUCCUGUCUUACAUGAAGGCAACGGUCAAGAAAUGGAACCUUGAUCGUGACUUGCAGCUUAGCACUCGGGUCUUAGGGGCCGAAUGGCAAGACGACCUAGGCCAUUGGAAGGUUACAGUGGAACACGAAAACGUCCAGAGAGAAGAGUACUGCGAAGUAUUGAUCUCAGCUCAAGGAGUGCUUGUACAUGAGGCGUGGCCAAAGAUUCCCGGGUUAAAAGAUUUUAAAGGCCAUACGACUCAUUCAGCAAGUUGGGACCAUGACUUUGACUAUUCCAACAAGCGCAUAGCUGUGAUUGGAAAUGGCUCAUCAGGUAUCCAAAUAGUUCCUCAGAUGACGAAGCUGCCUGGUACAGAGGUCACAAACUUUGUCCGAGGUCCUGCUUGGGUCUUUUACCGAGCUCCUCCCGCGAAGCAUCUAGGCAGAGAGGAUGAUGACCCAAACCCUCGAUAUACAGAACAAGACAAGGCUCGUUUCCAAGACCCAGAGCUCCAUCUUCAGCAUCGGAAAGGAAUCAUCUCCCGAACCAACAAGUCUUUUUACGUCUUCAGAAAAGGAGAAAACAACGAGGCAGGCAUGAAGAUGGCGGCAGAACAGAUGGCCGAGAAACUUGGUCAUGAUCCCGUCCUAUGUUCAAAGUUGAUCCCCAAGUGGGAGUUGGGUUGUCGUCGUAUAACACCGGGACCUGGAUAUUUGGAAUCAUUCCUGAAACCAAACUGUCACUUGACAGAUAGUGCGAUCACGCAAGUGACAGAGAAGGGCCUUCGGACUGCUGAUGGUAAGGAGCAUGAGGUCGACGUCAUCAUCUACGCCACGGGCUUUGACGUCUCUUUCCGACCACGGUAUCCGAUCGUGGGUUUGAACAAGAUUGAUCUCCGCGAACAGUGGAAGGAAGACCCUGAAGCAUACAUCUCAGUUGCUGUCCCAUCCAUGCCCAACUACUUUAUGAUGAUGGGUCCAAACUGUCUCGGUGGACACGGCUCUCUCGUGGAGUCUCUGAACUGGACAGGCGACUACUUUGUCAAGUGGAUCAAGAAGAUGGCAGCCGAAGAUAUCAAGUACGUUAUUCCCAAGAAAGACAAAGUGGACGCCUUCAUCAAAUAUUGCGACCAGGUCCACAAGACCCUCGUCUGGAGUGGUGGAUGCACUAGUUGGUAUAAGAGAGGCAAGGUGGACGGGCGAGUCACAGCCCUGUUUGGUGGUAGCGCCCAUCUCUUCAACCGCAUGCUCGGUGAUAUCCGUGCUGAGGAUUUCGACAUCACUUACAACACGUCGAACCCAUUCAGGUUCAUGGGUAAUGGGUUCACGGCUUUUGAGAUGGAUCCCGAGAGUGAUCUGUCUUGGUAUGUUGAGAAAGCAGAAACGCUUCGGUGUUAA